CGCAUCUCUUCACGCUUCUUGCAACCUCCACUUUGCCCUUCUACCAUGGGGUUCCUAUGGAUUGGCCGAAAGUGGGGUGCAAUCGGGGCAAAUUCGGCCGACAUCGGUAGUUCUUGUGGUUGCAUUGGAUGAAGUGAAGACAUCACGGGCCGCUGCGACGCAACCUUAUGUCAGGCAUCUGUGGAGAGAAAGGUCAAAUAUCUCUUACGCCUUCCCCGCUCAAGUUGAGAUCCUUCUUCAGCAGCAACAAUGUCUUCCCCGAAGACGAUUCGCUGGGGCAUCCUUGCGACCGGCGCCAUUGCCGUUACCUUUACGAAAGACCUCCUCGUCGACCCGAAGACCCGCGGUGUCGCGCAUGUCAAGCAUGCCGUUGUUGCGGCUGCUUCGUCCUCGUCCAAGUCCCGUGCUGAGCAAUUCCUCAAGGACUGUGGCUGCCCGGCUGAUGCGCAGGCAUAUGGCUCCUACGAUGAGCUGGUGAAGGAUCCUAACAUCGACAUUGUAUAUGUUGCCACGCCGCAUUCGCACCAUUACCAGAAUGCUAUGCUGUGUCUCGAGGCAGGCAAGAACGUACUGUGUGAGAAGGCCUUCACCGUCAACGCCGCCCAAGCAAAGGCUCUGGCAGACAAGGCCAAAGAGAAGGACCUCUUCCUAAUGGAGGCAGUCUGGACCCGGUAUUUCCCUCUGUCGAUAUAUGUGCGUGAUGUCAUUACCUCAGGACGGAUUGGCCCCGUGGCCCGCGUGCUUGCCGACAACAGCAUGGCGUCAAAUCCGGAAGCAACAUGGAGCGACGGGAAGCACCGAAUGGUAAAUCCGGACCUCGCGGGAGGUGCGCUGCUCGAUCUCGGCAUCUACAGCCUUACGUGGGUCUUCCAGACACUCUACCACACUCAGCCCGAAAAUGCGAGGAAACCGCCAGCGGUGCUGGCAGUGAUGAAGUCCUAUGAUGCCACAAAAGCGGCUGAUGAGACCACUACUAUUGUGCUGAGCUUCCCACGUUCUGCCGAAGCAGGCGGAGACGCUCAUGCCGUCGCCACCACCUCUCUCCGCGUCGCCACAGCGCCUGGUGGCAAUGGAGACACGCCGGGUAUCCGCAUUCAGGGCCCGAAAGGAGAGAUUCAAGUCUUCCCCCCUGCGUUCAGACCAACGAGAACAAAGCUCAUCCUCAGUGAUGGAACUAUCGAGGACAAGAGUUGGCUACAGCCAGGCCCUGGCAAGGGCAGUGGUUGGUAUAACGGAUUCGCUGGAGGCAAAAACUCCGAAGGCGAAGGCCACGGUAUGUUCUGGGAAGCAGACGAGGCGGCCACUGCCUUGGUUGAGGGAAGGAAAGAGGGCAAGUACGAGGGACUUGCAGAGAGCAUUCUCAUCAUGGAGGUAAUGGACGAGGUGAGAAAGCAGGGUGGACUCCAUUAUCCAGAGAAGAUUGAGACGACACAGUUCCCCGUGCAGCUAUGAGC